AUGCGUGCCACGGCGACCAGCGACAUUCUCCCUGAUGAUGUCUUGGUUGAAAUCUCAAGAGUCCUCGCAGUUCAGUGCCAGGAGAGUCUCUCCAACCUCUCGCGCUGUAGCAAACACCUGCAUCAUAUCACCACACCAUAUCUGUACCGAGAUGUACGUCUAUCUCGCGUCCAAGCUGUACCGCUCUUUUUCCAAGCGCUGUGUUACCACCCGGAUCGGGCACAUCGCAUUCGGUCACUGAACGUUACCGGGGAGAAUUACCCUACCGAAUCCGAGAAUUUAAUGCCUAACCUCGAUGUCGGUGAAAUUUUCACCCACAUUAGCCAUAGCGUCCCUAUUAGGCAGUUUAUGGAAUAUCUCCAAGCACCGAUCGACCCAGUGUGGCAUUAUACUAACCGGUAUGAAUUGGGGGAUCAAGGUUUCUGGCUGGCGCUUCUAGUCCUACAGCUCCCGGGAUUAAGAGAAAUCACAGUGGAACUAAAUCGAAACGCUUUCGACUUUGAGGUUCUCUUCAGAUGGGCUGCUAUGAAUACGGACGGUCGAAACUUCUUUCCUUCUCUGACGACGGUGAAAAUCGACGUUAACCGGAACCAGCCGUGGGCGGGAGUGGAAUUGGUUCCAUUGCUUAACGUACCGUCCUUGAGAAACGUUACGCUAGUGAGAGUUCACAGGCUUAAUUAUUUAGGUCAGUCGGUCGUGUCGCAAAUCCGAAGUCUAGAUCUGGAUGAGAGCUUGACAUAUAGCGGCGACGUGUUACGUUUACUUGAAGGUUGCUCUCAUCUUCAGACCCUGCGAAUAAGACAACCUCCAUCGCUUCGCCAUAGAGAAGGUCUCGAGUACGACAUCUUGAGAGUCCUAUCGGAUACUGCUGCUACCUCUCUUGAAGACCUUGACUAUUACGGGUGUGGUCUGUCUAGAGACCACCAGGUGGUUAACAUGGCCGACUUUAUCAACUUGAAGAAGCUCAAGAUAGCUUCACCAAUGAUCUUACCGCGACCGACUGAAGGACCAGGUUCCGCUGGAGCACCAGGCUCAAGUGGAGAGUCAGAUUCAGGUUGUGGUCUUCUUCCACUACGCAAUAUUCGCGAGCUUACUCUCUACAUUUCGAGUGACUGGGGCCCGCUUGAGCCGGUCUGGCCGGCUGUGGUAGAUCUCAUCACAACUAAAAGGCUCCCGCCGACGCUUAUGACGCUGUACCUCCAAUGGCUUCCUGACCAUGUUGUGGUGAGGGAAGAAAUGACGGGCCUGAAGACCGUGGUACAAGCGGCUCAUAAAUGUGGCUUGAGACUACACUUGAUCGAAGAAGACGUCUGGUGGCCUGGCUCUACAAGAGAAAUCGUGGUGUCGGAGGAUGCAGAUGUGGAGGACUUAGGUCCGAUGUAUGCAGAUAUGGAGGACCUAGGUGCGAUGUAUGCAGAUGUGGAAGACCUAGGUGCGAUGGAUUUAGAUACGGAGCAACAAUCAGUCGGGGAAAUAAGACAAGGGAUCUUGGGUCGGUUGUGGGAAACAGGGAGACGGUGGAUGGCUGUGUGUUUCAAGAGACUCAAGUCAUUGUGGGAAGUGUGA